AUGUCAGCAGAUAUACAAGUCGUCGCCAUCUUCCACCCAGCUUCGGGCAAGGAAAGCCGACUCAAAGAAGUCCUCCUCGACCUCGCAAGUAAAGUCCACGAAAAUGAGCAAGGUGUCAAAAAAUACCAAGCAUUCGAACAAAUUGACUCUCAAACCGGAACUAAUGUCAUUCUUUUCCAAGAAACUUAUGCGGACCAGGCCGCAGUCAAUACCCACUUAACCUCUUCAUACUUCGGUGCUGCAGGUGAAACCCUCAACAAGGAAGGAUUGGUUACCAAACCUUUCGAGGUUAUAGUGUUGAACCCAAUAGGUGGAUUUGCUUCGCGCGUUUAG